CAAUGCAAUCUUUAUAUCAUAAUACAGUCCACACAUCGAAUAAUUUCCACACAUUAACUCAUACAGAUUACCACUUUAACAAAAACUCAGUUAUAUCAGCUCAUAUAACUUGUGAACAAUCUUGUGAUGAAUUAUUAAAACGGUUUUGGGAGCAAGAGGAACUAAAAUCUUCCCCAAUACUUACACCAGAACACAUAUUUUGCGAAGAACUUUACAAAAGCACAACUACUAGAGACCCAACAGGUCGCUUUACAGUAAAACUUCCAAUUAUACAAGACAAGCUAGAUCAGCUAGGUGAUUCCUACAGCAUCGCUCAAAAGUGCUUUAUGUCAUUAGAGAAAAGAUUCACUAACAAUCCAGAACUUCAUAAACAAUAUUCUGAAUUCAUUGAUGAAUACAUAAACUUAGGUCAUGCAUCUUACAUACCUACUUCUUCAUCUCCAUCAGACACACAAAAGGAAAUAAAAAGAUUCUUUCUGCCUCAUCAUGCAGUUAUAAAACCAAGUAGUGUUUCAACUAAAUUACGUGUAGUUUUUAAUGGAAGUAGUCAGUCAUCGACAUCAGUGUCUCUCAAUGAAGUCUUACAUGAGGGUCCUAACAUUUACACAGAUCUAAUAGACAUUAUAUUAAGGUAUAGAACCUAUAAAUAUGUACUGUCAUGUGAUUUAAUUAAAAUGUUCAGAAAUAUAAACAUAGAUCCUUCACAUUGCAACCUGCAAUGUAUACUAUGGAGAGCAUCUCCUAACGAUGAUCUUAAAGUUAUUAGACUGAAUACAGUCACAUAUGGGACUAGAAGUGCUCCUUAUCUAGCAUUUAGGACAUUAUUAGAGCUUGCCCAUCAGGAUGGUCACAUCUAUCCAUUAGCAGCAAAAUGCAUUUUAUAUCAAACAUUUAUGGAUGAUGUCCAUUGUGGAACAAACUCACUCUCUGAAGCUAGAGAACUUUGCAAUCAAUUAAUUUCUCUAUUUAAAAGAGGUGGUUUCCAAUUACAUAAAUGGUCAUCUAACAAUCCUCAGAUAUUACAAGAUGUUGAAAGAAACAAAAGUCAGCAUUCACCAACCAGUCUUAUUAUUGGUGAUGAAACUAGUACAUUAGGUCUCAAGUAUGAACCUGCAACAGAUACAUUUAAAGUUAACAUUCCCUCUCAGCAAUGUAAUUUACAUUUUACUAAAAGAAUUGUUCUCUCAAUAAUUGCCAAGAUUUAUGACCCACUCGGUUACCUUUCACCUGUUACAAUCACUGCAAAACUUUUCAUGCAACAGCUAUGGAAAGAAUCCAGUAUCAUACAAUGGGAUACACCAUUACCUAAACAUUUACUACAACAAUGGCUGUCCUUCUAUGAUAAUAUUCAAAUAUUAAAAGAUAUUACUAUUCCUAGAUAUUGUUUCUCAGAUAUACCAAAUGAAAUUUACUUAGUAGGAUAUUGUGAUGCCUCACUAGUUGCUUAUGGCGCAUGUGUCUACAUUGUAGCACAUUAUCCUAAUCAUAAACCAACUUCUAAUUUA